CGUCAGUUAAGAUGGAAGCAUCUCAAGUGACAGACUGUCGAUAUUCUAAUAAACUUCAAAAUAGUUGUCGCAAUUGAUAAUAAUAAAUAAUAAUGGAAUGCUUUUUACGUUGCUAUUUCGAAUAUUUUAAUUCGUUACCUAGAAAUACUUUGCACGAUAGAAGAAAAAGGAAGCACAUGGUUGAUUAUGUUAGUACUUUGAUAGAAGGUUGUUCAAAAGUUGAGAUUAAUGCAGACGAAAGUGCAAGAGAAGCAAUUAAAACAAUCCUUAAAUAUCACGAAGAAAAUAAAGAUGAUAACGGCAAAAUUUGUAAGAUGGGCAAAUACCACAACAUCCUAUAUAUAGCCGUGAAACUCUGCUACGAUUGGCAGGUUAAAGAUGCCGGAACGGUUAGCGCUCUUUUGGAGGAGAUUUACAUUUGCGAAAAAACGUUCGAACGAAUAAUGAUUGGAGCUAUUUUCGGAAAUAAAGCUCCGCACUAUAUAGCCGGAUGGAAAAGCGAUUUCGAAACUGAAGAAGAAAAUCUCAGGGCAGUGGUUUAUUUUUUAGAUAAGGCCAAUAGCGCCAGACUCGAACUUUGCUUCGGAUCCGAAAGUGUGGAGAAUAUGUAUAGGUUUAUUGAUUUGCCUAUUGAGAGUUGUGGGAAAGCGUCAGCUUUAAAGGUUUGUGUUCAACUGGGUCUACCAGACAAACUUCUUAUAUUUCUUCGUUUCGGAGCAAAAGUCUACAUAGAAAACGAAGAUACAACCAUAUUCGAACACAUCUUAAAUCGUCUUUUGGAAUUCAACCACGUUUACCCUUACAACUUGGUCUCCUGCUUGCAACUGCUCUUAAGAGCUUGUCCCAGAAUUAAAAUCGAUAAGCCCAAAGAAUUAUCAGACUCCGAUUAUAAAGUUUUAUGCGAAAAAAUGUACGAAAGGUAUUCAGUGCUAAUAGAAGAUGGUUUAAUUCCUUUAACCCGAUGUGGAAUUAGUCCACCAGAAUUAAAACAUCUCUGUAGAUGCGUGAUAAGAAGAAAACUUUGGGACAACUACGAGUUACCGAAUGGGAUCAGAGUUUUGCACGUUCCAGAAAAACUGUGGCGGUAUUUGGAUUUGUUGGAUGAUUAAUUGUUUUAAGGUUUAAAUAGUUGUUAGUUCUCAAUAAAAAAUGUAUUAACAUCGUUUCCUUUAUUAGCAUCAAUAAAAGUUUUCAGCUGGAAGAUCAAAAAUCUAAUAACUUG